CAGGCGGUGUUAAAGUCCAACUAAGGAGGGGAGUAUGGGCCGGGCUCGGUUCUAGGUGGAGUUUGUCAUGAGUAUAAAUGAACUCCCUCUAGCCGACUAACCGCCCCUGCAAAGCUCACUCCCACGUAAACGUCUCUCCAGCCUCACGUGUCCUUCAGCCAGCCCCACCAUGUCUUUCAUCAAGGAGUUCAUGAUGCAGACAGUCUAUCUGGGCAUGCCCGAUGAGUCAGUCUUGAAGAACGAAGGGACAGUGAAGGCUUCACCAAACUUCAGCGCCAGUGGUGAUGCAGCUGUCUUGGACCAAGCCAUCAAGGCAAAAGGUGUGGAUGAGAAUACCAUCAUUGAAAUACUGGUGAAGAGGAACAAUGAGCAGAGGCAACAGAUUAAAGAAGCUUACCAGCAUUCCAGUGGGAAGCCUCUGGAGGUGGCACUGAAGAAGGCGUUAAAGGGAGAUUUGGAGGAUGUGGUCAUGGCUCUGCUGAAAACACCGGCCCAAUAUGAUGCCCAGCAGCUGAAACUGGCCAUGAAGGGUUUGGGAACAGAUGAAGACACCCUUGUUGAGAUUUUGGCCUCUCGAACCAACACGGAGAUUUUGAAUAUAAAGAAGGCCUACAAAGAAGAAUACAAAAAGGACCUGGAGGAAGACGUCAGAUCUGACACCAGCGGAGACUUCAGGAAUGCACUGAUGUCACUCUGCAAGGCCAACCGCACAGAGGGAGUGUGUGAACAGCUGAUCGACAGCGACGCUAGGGCUCUAUAUGAAGCGGGAGAGGGAAUGAAAGGCAAAGACAGCUCCGUUUUCAUUGAAAUCCUUACUGUCAGGAGUGGCCCUCAUCUCCGUGAAGUGUUUCAGAGGUACUCAAAGUACAGUAAAGUGGAUGUGGCCAAAGCAAUUGACCUGGAGAUGAAGGGUGACAUUGAGAAUUGCCUCACAACAUUAGUGAAGUGUGCUGGGAGCAGGCCUGCUUUCUUUGCGGAGAAGCUCUACUUGGCCAUGAAGGGAUCUGGAACCCGCAAAAACAUCCUUACCCGUAUUAUGGUGAGCCGCUCUGAAAAAGAUUUGAAACUAAUCAAGGCUGAGUACAAGAAGAAAUAUGGCAAGACACUCUAUCAGGAUAUUUUGGAUGAUACUAAAGGAGACUAUGAGAAGAUUCUGCUGGCUCUCUGUGGGAGUGAGAACUGAUUUCUCAGCUACUGACUGAGCUCUCGUAUAGUCGCUGACAAGGCCAUUUAACUAAAGGCUCGCCUCCAAAUCCAGCUGUGUAAAAUGAUAUUAAAACAAAUAUUAACAUCAACGAGAAAAUACUUACUAUUCCAUCUCAGCAUUUGCUUAGCAGCUACAAUAUGAUCCCUUCAAGAAAUUAAUUCUACACUCACCAUGGAUAUGAGUUAGCCAAAACGUGUAGACUGACAUAAUAGGUGCUUGAAAGAAAGGAGAUCAGUUAAUGCACGCUGCAACUGAAAUCUUUUUCACGUGACAAUUAUACUGUAUAACUGUGCAACCGAAGGAGCUUCUGCAAAUAAAAGCAUUUUUUUUCUGUG